ACAACCAAAUGUGGACCUGAAAAGCACUCAGGAGCAGGCUGUCCCCACAGAAAGUCCAGAAGAUUUGAAUGACUACAAUUUAACCAAACCUCAUGAAAUAGAAAAUGUGGACAGCGCAGAAGCCCCAACCAAUGAGGAUGAAGAUACAGGAGAUGAUUCAAUGAAAGUGAAAGAUGAAUACAGUGAAAGAGAUGAGAAUGUUUUAAAGCCAGAGUCCAUGGGAAAUGCAGAAGAGCCUGAAAUUCCUUACAGCUAUUCAAGAGAGUAUAAUGAAUAUGAAAACGUUAAGUUGGAGAGACAUACUGUCUCCUAUGAUAGUGGCAGGCCAACCAGUGGAAAGAUGAACUGCGAUGUGUGUGGAUUAUCCUGCAUUAGCUUCAAUGUCUUAAUGGUCCAUAAGCGGAGCCAUACUGGUGAACGCCCAUUCCAGUGUAAUCAGUGUGGGGCAUCUUUUACUCAGAAAGGUAACCUCCUCCGCCACAUUAAACUGCACACAGGGGAAAAACCUUUUAAGUGUCACCUCUGCAACUAUGCAUGCCAGAGAAGAGAUGCGCUCACGGGGCAUCUUAGAACACAUUCUGUCAGCCCCAGCAAAACCCACCAUGAGAAAUCAGAAGUAGCAGAGGAAGGCCUCUGUAAGAUGGGAAGUGAAAGAGCUCUCGUUCUGGACCGAUUAGCAAGCAAUGUGGCAAAACGGAAAAGCUCAAUGCCUCAGAAAUUCAUUGGUGAGAAGCGCCACUGCUUUGAUGUCAACUAUAAUUCCAGCUAUAUGUAUGAGAAAGAGAGUGAGCUCAUCCAGACCCGAAUGAUGGACCAAGCCAUCAAUAACGCCAUCAGCUAUCUUGGUGCUGAAGCCCUGCGUCCGUUAGUCCAGACCCCGCCUGCUCCCACCUCCGAGAUGGUUCCAGUUAUCAGCAGCAUGUAUCCCAUAGCCCUCACCCGGGCUGAGAUGCCGAAUGGUGCCCCUCAGGAGAUUGAAAAGAAGAGCAUCCACCUUGCAGAGAAGAGUGUGCCUUCUGAAAGAGGCCUCUCCCCCAACAACAGCGGCCACGACUCCACGGACACUGACAGCAAUCAUGAAGAACGCCCGAAUCACAUCUAUCAGCAGAAUCCCUUGGCCCUUCCCCGCGCCCGCAACGGCAUGCCACUUCUGAAGGAGGUCCCUCGUUCUUACGAACUCCUCAAGCCCCCACCCAUCUGCCCAAGAGACUCCAUCCGAGUGAUCAACAAAGAGGGGGAGGUGAUGGAUGUGUAUCGGUGUGACCACUGUCGCGUCCUCUUCCUGGAUUAUGUGAUGUUCACUAUUCACAUGGGCUGCCACGGCUUUCGUGACCCUUUUGAGUGUAACAUGUGUGGAUAUCGAAGCCAUGAUCGGUAUGAGUUCUCAUCUCACAUAGCCAGAGGGGAGCACAGAGCCAUGCUGAAGUGAAUAUCUCGUCCCAAAGAUUGUCCCAGUGACCCCACCUCACAGAUUGCUCUCAAAACAUGCUCAGCUCCAAGCUCCUUCUCAAAGCAUUUUUAGUAUCCUAAGCAUCGUGUUUACAUGGGUAGCCAGAGAAACACUGUUUUCAUUCAGAAAUUAUUUGUAGAUCCACCAG